CCCAAACACGCUUGGAGUGUGAAACCAAAAUCCACGAUCAUCUCGUACUUUUACCAUUAAAGUGCGACUGGUUCAGGUUGGGGGAAGAAGUUGCCGCUGCUCUGUUCGCCGCCACCGCAAAAACCCUUUCCCUCUCCCGAUCGAAUGAGUUUAUAAAGAUUCAUUUUUUUUCUCGCCCGACACUUUGAUUUCUAGGCAUUGAAAAGAGAUUCUUCUUUCGAUUGGGAUCGGGAAGGGAUCGACAGGGAUAAUGUCGAAGAAGAAAGCAACGAUGACCUUGAGGGACUUCCAUGGCGGUUCUAUCCCUUCCGAUCUCCCCCUCCCAUCUGCUCCUGGCGUAAGUGCGAGGCCAUUAGAUCGCCAGAUGUAUUGGGGGACCAAUGCAGGAAGGAUUGAUCAAAAACUGCGUCCCGGAUCAGCAGGAGCGUCCCGGAACUUUGAUGAAAAGGCUCUGUUCCUGAAUCAUAGUGCUCACAUAGGCCGAAAUUUUGAAGAGGAUGAGAGGAAGCCGUUGGAUGGGAUGCCAGGUGCCCCCCGCCGGAUGAUUAGUGAUGAGAGCAUUUAUGCUCAACCAAGCCGCGUUGAACCCAAGAGCAGACCAGUUUCAGCACCACUGUCUCAAACUUCAAGCAGUUCAUCUGGCAGCUCUUAUGCAUCAAGAUUUUCUGAAGUUAAUAACAUUAGAAAUCCACAAACUUCAAGUGGAACUAGUCGUGUAAAUACAAGUUCUACAAAUGCUUGGGGGUUAGGGAAAGAGGCGAUGAGCAUAAAGGAAUCAUCAGCUACCACUGGAUGGUCCACUCUGGAUACUGCAUCUAAAUUGGUCCAUGCCAGUGCACUUGACAAGAUCUCAUCCGGUAGGUGGAAUUCAAAACAACAUAUGAGUUUUCCAACAGAAACCAAGGAGUCAUAUUACAGGGGCGAUGGAAUGUAUGAUCGGAAUUCCUGCAGUGUAACAGAAGUCCUUGAUGAGAUGCAUCUUAGGAACAAGAAUUUGGUGAUUCAUGCGGAAAGAAAUCUGGCUAUUGGUAAUGGGAUUCAUAGUAAUAUGGAGUUGCCUUCACAGGAGAGAGUUCAUUCACCUAUAAGUAUAGAGAGCCUUGAAAAAAGACCCUCGAUUAAUGUCCAUGGGUUUCAGAAGUCUCAUGGCGCUGACAAAUUCAAUGAAUCCGAACCACGCUCAUCAGUGGCUUCUGAAUCAUCGGAGAGGCCCAAAUUAAAACUUCUUCCUAGAUCUAAGCCUCUAGAAAAUAAUGCACCAGCCGUAUUGGGACAUCAGCAUAGUGAUCCUAUUCGUCUUGAAUAUGGUGGUGAUAUGACUGGAUCAAGCAACCUUCCCAAAAAUGACCUUGCUGGAGAUGUGGGUGGGGACCGAGUUGAGCGCCCAAAACUGAACUUGAAACCUCGAUCACAGACUCCUGAACAGUUGAACGAAAGUGAAGGCAAAAGGAGCACUGUAUUUGGUGGUGCUCGCCCAAGAGAAGUGGUUCUGAAGGCAAGGGGCUUUGAUCAUGCUGGUGACCAUGACCAUCAACCACUGUCCAGGGACAAGCAAGAUGCUACAGCACACCAUACUACCCGUUAUAACACAGAAAGGGCUGAUAACACUGUUAUCGCAAAGGAUAAUUAUAGUAAUAAUAACAGGACCGUGAACACCGAUAGCAGGCGGGACCCAAGAUCAGAUGUGCUCAGGAGAAACAGGCAGAGUGAGAAUCCGAGGAACAACAGCAGCAGUGAGGAGAGGCCACCGUCACCAGAGACUUGGCGGCGAAAACCAGCCAAUGAUCCCCCAUCAUAUUCCGGCGAUGCUCCAGGAGGAGUGAGGUUUGGAAAGGUGGCAUCUGCAGUUGAGCUAGCUACUGCUUUUUCUAGACCAGUCUCUGAUCCAUUGUCUCUCAUCGACCGCUUUUCCGGCCAGAGAAACCUUCCCCCCACUGCUCGGCCCUUUUCUCGCUUGAUGGGCCCGCCCGCUAGGCCUCAGGCCCAGAUCAAUAGUUACUAAACCUGGCAAGAUUGACCAUCUCAAUCUAUUUAUAUCAAUCUAUGUACACUCAAUAGGGGGGAACCAUCUCCUUCACGAGUACAAGCAUGAAGAUUCAUUGAUGAAUACUUUAUAUGAGUCCUGCAACUGGAAAAAAUUGAAGAGGGAAACAGAAGAAGAAGACGACGAUGAUGAAGAAUGGCAUUGUUUCUUCAAUUCAUUUUUUUAAUCUGAGAAUAAAGACAGAAAGGUUCUUUGGAUUUCUCCAUGAAAUCGCUGCUCAAUGACUUUGUUCAUUUUUACUCUCUUUUUUUUGGGACAACUCUUUUUUGGUAGUUUUUUCUCGUACCGUGCAUCUCAUUUCUGACUAUAUUGCGUAUAUGUUUCGGUUACAAAACAUCUUCUCAUGGUCGGUCUUCCAAACGCCAACUGAUGUGAUGAUGUCAUGUUCCGGAUGUUGAAGAAGAAGAAGAAGAAGAAAACUGCUAUGUUGCUAAUGUCAUUGCUCCUUACAAACGUAAAAACAGUGCUGGAUUGCUGGGCUUUCUGGUAAAGUUUGAUAAUCUUUUAAGUGUUGUAGCAAUAGUUGUUUAUAGUAACCCUGGACAACAUAAGCAUACUUUAACAUUUCCAGAUGGAUAUCUAUUUUGUCUGAGAAAAAGAUUCUUUCAGUCCAUAUAUCCGUGUUUUUAUUAUGAUGUAGUAUCCGUUUAUAUAUUAUUUUUUUUGUCAAUUUAUUGUUGCACAAUAAGUUAUUGCUCUUAUU